AUGUUGUGGAAGGAGUUAAGGAAGAGUGUCCACGAGAAAGUGGAGGUCAAAGAAGAGGUGGAGGUGGAGAUCAAAAAGGAAGUGGAGAUCAAAGAAAAGGUGGAGGUCAAAGAGAAGGUGGAGGUGGAGGUCAAAGAGCCGGCGAUCAAAGAGAUGGUGGAGGUCAAAGAGAAGGUGGAGAGUAAAGAGAAGGUGGAGGUCAAAGAGCCGGUGAUCAAAGAGAAGGUGGAGAUCAAAGAGAAGGUGGAGAGUAAAGAGAAGGUGGAGGUCAAAGAGAAGGUGGAGGUCAAGGAGAAAGUGGAGAUCAAAGAGAAGGUGGAGAUCAAAGAGAAGGUGGAGAUGAAAGAGAAGGUGGAGGUCAAAGAGAAGGUGGAGAUCAGAGAGAAGGUGGAGGUCAGAGAGAAGGUGGAGAUCAAAGAGAAGGUGGAGAUGAAAGAGAAGGUGGAGGUCAAAGAGAAGGUGGAGGUCAAAGAGAAGGUGGAGAUCAAAGAGAAGGUGGAGAUGAAAGAGAAGGUGGAGGUCAGAGAGAAGGUGGAGAUCAAAGAGAAGGUGGAGAUCAAAGAGAAGGUGGAGAUCAAAGAGAAGGUGGAGAUCAAAGAGAAGGUGGAGGUCAAAGAGAAGGUGGAGGUCAAAGAGAAGGUGGAGAUCAAAGAGAAGGUGGAGGUCAAAGAGAAGGUGGAGAUGAAAGAGAAGGUGGAGGUCAGAGAGAAGGUGGAGAUGAAAGAGAAGGUGGAGGCUGACAAAAUCACAGCCGAAAACAACACAUCUCUUGUUUUCGUGAAAGAGAAUGGAUUUGGCAGUGGGUCUAAUCGCCUGCCUCUCCCGUGUAAGUGUCAGGAACAGGGCGGGUGCUAA